AUGAUGAUUCGAUUGAUUUGGAGGAAUAAGAAUGUCACCAAUCGUUUAGUUCAUAGAGGUUUCCAUAAUGCUCGUUUUUUAAAUAAUAAAAAACCUGGUUUAACAGAACAAGAAUUUGAUGAUGCUGAAUUAAUGUCUGAUCGAUUAAAUUCAAAACCAUAUUAUGCUAAAAGAUCAAAUGAAGAUAGAUAUGAAUCACAAUCUGAAGUAGAUGAUAAAGGAUUCCAAAAGGAAACUCCAUUAACACCAGAACAAAUUAAGAAACAAAAUGAAAAAAUUGAAGGUUUAAAAGGUAUAGUACAAGGUUUAUUAGUACUUGGUGCAAUGUUUGGUGGGUUCCAAUUAUAUCAAAAAUAUCCAGUUAUAAGAAAUUGGUGGUAUAAACAAGAUGGUGAUGAAUUUGUUAUCCCUCAAAAGAAGAAACAAACUUCAGAAUUACCAAAUUUAAAUAAUAAAAAUGAUAGUUCAAUUCCUGGUCUUUAUAUAUGGGGGAAUAAUUUUAAAGGUUUAAUAGAUUCUCAACCUUUUUCUUCAAAUCAUAAAUUCCCAACAAGACAUUCUUGGUUUGAUGGGAAAUUCCUUAAAGAUGUUUUCAUUGGUGAUGAAUCCGCUGUUGCUAUCGAUUCAAAUGGUGAUUUAAUUCAAUGGGGUCAAGGUUUUAAUCCUGUUGAAGUUCCAUCAAAUGUUACUAAAAAAAAUUGGAAAGGUUGGAAUGAACCUCAAUAUACUAUUAAGGGACAAGGCUUAAAAUAUGCUAAGAUAUCAAAUGGUGUUGUUUAUGCAUUAAAUAAACAUAAUGAAAUUAUUUAUUUCCCAGAAAAUUUACAAAAACAAUUAGAAUUUAAAGGUGAUUCCAAAAGAAAUUGGUUAUUGAGAUCCAAGGAUCAACAUUUUACAAAACUCACAGUUGAAAAUGGUAAAUUUAAUAAAGGUGAAUUUAUCCAGGAUUUCCAAACUGGGAAAGUUCAUCUUGUUGCUUUAACAAAUCAAGGUAGAGCAUUCACUUCAUCAACUGGAUUAACUCAAACAACAAAAGAAUCAAAAGAAUCAAAAGGUCAAUUUGGUUUAAUAGAAUAUUCACAUUUUAAAUCAUCACCUCCUGUAAAUAAGUUAUAUGAAAUUUAUUUAUUAAAUAAUGAAAUUGUUAAAAAUUCAAAAGGAAAAAUUGAUCAUAUUGAAUCAAGAAAAAUUCAACAAGUCGCAACGGGGAAUUAUCAUACUAUAGCAUUAGAUUCAAAUGGUGAAGUUCAUACUUUUGGUGAUAAUACUUUUGGUCAAUUAGGUCAUCCAGUUAAUUAUGAUACACAAUUCAUAACAAUCCCUAAAAAAAUUUCAUUAUUUAAUAAACAUGUUGCAAGAGAUUAUUAUCCUGAAUGUAUCGAAGUUUAUGCAGGUGGUGAUACAAGUUUUGUCAAGAUUUCACCAAUUAAAAUGUUUCAAAUGGUUAAAAAAUCUGGUACUGCAAAAAUACAAGAACAAUUUGAAGAUCUCAAAAAUGAUGAUUUUAUUUUAGGAUUUGGUAAUAAUUUAAAAGGACAAAUUGGGAAUGGUCAUUAUGUUCAUGCACAAUUUGAACCUUUCAAGAUUAAAGAAUUAUUAAAAUUUAAUGAAUUUAAUGAAUCAACAGGAAAAUUAGAAAAAAUUGGUAUAAAAACAUGGUCUUCAGGUUAUGAUCAUACUUUUAUAAAAUUAGAAAAUAAUGAUGUCUUAUAUUGGGGUGGUAAUGAUUUUGGUGAAUUAGGUAAUGGUAAAAAAAAUAGAAUUUCAAAACCUUCUAUACCAUCUGCUUUAAUUGAACCUGGAUUUAAUGAAAAAACUUUUAAAGAUCCAAAUUUUGUUAAUAGAUUACAAUUAUCUUCAAAUCAAAAAAUCAUAGCUAGUAGUAAUGCUAGUGCUAUUUAUUAUACAAAACCUUAA